AUGAUGUCCAUUGAUGAGUUGAUAUUAAUAUUGGAAGACAAGCAUGUAUAUAGCUAUAAAGAAUUAUGGUUAAAUAAUGAAGAAUCAAGAUAUGAAGAAAUACUAGAGAUAUUUUCAUUUGGUAGAUUAAAGGAUUUAAAUGAAUAUAUUGAUAAAUAUGGCGAUGGAAUGGAUAAGAUCGUGAUCAGUGAAUUGAUGAUGAUCAAAAUGAUUAAAUUGAGCAUUCUUAGUUAUAUAAAUAGUAGUAAUGCAAGAUAUAAAAUAUCGAUAAUUGAUAUUUGUCACGAGUUAAAUAUAAAAUUUAAGGAAAUGAAUAGCAGUGCAUUUAUAGAGCGUCUUUUAAUUGAAAUGAACGAUAUUAUCAAGAUACGAAUUGAUUCAAUUGAAAAUAGUAUAGACAUCUUGCAAGUAACUGAUACUCGUGAUGUUUAUAGUUUUGAGAAGCCGUUGAAUAUCAUUAAAAUUGAAGAUAUUGAAACAACUCAAAGCUUAUAUAGCGAACUGGAGAGAUGGAAGAAUAAGCUAAUCAAUGAUAUACAUUGA